AUGCAUCACUCCGGACUUCCUGCAGCCAUUAACUUACCCACGACACCAGCCGACAGAAUCCUGACUGAAAAACUACCUAUUUCGGCGUUAAAAUGUGAAUAUCACGGCGUUAAGAGUUCCACCAGUCCGCUAUUUUCUGCGGGGCUGCGCACAACGUACUAUCCACUCAGAAUCACUGCCCAGCUACCAGCCACAAACUUAUUAAUGAAAGCACUUCCAAGGUUCUUUCAAAUCAUCCAAAGUCGUGGAACCAAAAGAAAUGGCAAAAUGUUUCUCACGACAUGUGCAGGAUUUGAACCUACGAGGCCGAAACCAUAA